AUGGAAAAGUCUUACCAUGUGCGGGGUUGGGUUGCAAAUCGGAGAAGUGCACUGCUCUUCUUAACAAUACUAAUUGCUGCCAUCACAUGCCAAGGAGUGGUUGCUCAGAGAGACACCAUCUGUCCUCCACAGGACAUCAUUCUACCCUGUCGGUGUUCCCAGCGAGGAAGCGAAAUUCAAAUAUGGUGUUCUCACAGCGACCUCCCUCGGGUUUUAACGGGAUUGAAAGCCGUGUCGAAAUCAAUCAACCGACCUAUCGACGAGCUAAUACUGGAAAACAACUUCCUUCCUUCGCUGCCUGGUCGUGCAUUCGCCCCGCUGAACAUCCUGCGACUUAUGCUUCGCCAUAACGGUCUCGAACGGGUAUCGAAUGGAUGGCUCAACGAGCUAGACCGGAACCUAGUGGAAGUUUUCGUCGUCGAAAGAAAUCUACGCAGCGUUCCGGUGGACAGUCUGGCUGGCCUGAGAAAACUCGAAGCUGUAACCAUUCAAAGUGACAGCCUAAAACGGUUACCGGAUUUCUCCGGACUACCAAAACUAAGAUACAUCAGCAUACAGAGUUCGUCUCUCAUCGAGAUAUCCCCGCAAAGUUUCCGUGACUUGCAGCAUCUCGAGACGGUUAGCAUAGUUGGCAGCCGAACACUGACACGGCUCGAAGGAGGACUUUUUAACGACUUGCCGAAGCUGAGCACAAUCAAUCUUUCGGAAAACGGAAUCGAUUGGGUCCAUUUGAGGGCGUUCGUUGGACUCCCGAAUCUGAAAACUAUUCAGCUAAGUGGAAACAAUAUUGUUGAUGCUGGAAUGAUUGGCCGAGCUGUGAAGGAUAUACCGAAUAUGGCCAUCCUCAAACUGGAUAGAAAUGUUAUUUCAAAACUAAGCGAAGGCAGUUUCGUUGAUUUGCCGGCUUUGAAAGAGCUGUACUUGAAUGAUAAUGCCAUCACGGAACUUCAUCACGGAGCUUUUCACCGAACGCCGAACUUAAAGUUAGUUCACCUUGAAAAUAAUUACCUGAGAAGAGUCCAUCCGGAAUCGUUUCUACAAGCGUCGGGAAGUGGAGUUGAAAUUAUGCACUUGCAUCAAAAUGAAAUCGGAAGAGUGGAGGAGCUGAGGUCGCUGCUGGAUGCCCUUCCUAUGCUUCGCUUCUUGGAUUUAAGUCACAACAAAUUGGAAGCGAUCCCAUUUGGAGCUCUGCGAGGUCACGGAACCUUAGAGCAACUUUAUUUGAAUAACAACAAAAUUCGUAUGAUCGAACGUGACGCUUUUAUGGCCAUGCCUGGUCUUCGUGAGCUUCGUCUGAGUAAUAACUCACUGUCUGAUCUGCUCCCUAUGCCUUUUUGGAAUCUACCAGGGCUGAAAGGCAUUGACAUAUCCUACAAUAAUUUUCGUCGUGUCGAUCCAAGCCUUUUGGUCGGAGUGCCUUCGCUUAGACGGUUCGACAUCAGUGGUAAUUCUUUGAGCAUCCUCGAUCCGUCUUCCUUUGUGCACACUCCGCUGCUGGAAACUGUCAAUGUUUCUUUCAACGAAUUGAGCCUCAUCCAUCCGGCAACUUUUCGUGACUUGAAUCACAUGUUUGAAAUAGAUGCUGGAGAUAAUAAACUACAGGAAUUCAUACCGGGUCUACCGAUAGCUAUCGAACGAAUCAAUCUGGCACGAAACCAGAUUGCUAACUUACCGCAACCAUCUUCGAAUUCGCUGGAUCUUCCAGCGCUUCGAAUGUUGGACAUUAGCGGCAAUCAGCUCACUAAAAUCAUCAAGGGAAGUUUCCAAACGACUCCACAGUUGCGAAUCCUUGGCUUGUCAAGAAAUCAAUUGCAGAGCAUCGAUGAAGGUAGCCUCAGUGGUUUGAGUCGUCUUGAAAUACUUACCCUACAAGAUAAUCGCCUCAUUGCACUGCACGAACGAUCGCUUACACCGUUGGAAAACCUCCGCGAACUGAAUCUACAAGGAAAUCGCCUCGAGGUCCUGGUAGAUCAUCUGCUAGACGGUAAUGCAAACCUCGAACGAUUUGAUGCUUCACGGAACAGUAUAGUGGACAUUUCGGCUAAGGCUUUCCGUAACAGUAGAUCGUUGCAAAUUCUGGACCUAUCCGGUAAUAAGUUGCGAGAACUACCGGAAUCUCUUUCGGGUCUCAGUGAAUUGCAGGAAAUCGACGUCAGUUUUAAUCAGUUAACGGAACUGACUCCGACUGUUCUGGCAUCUUGGAGGAAUUUGGAAGAGCUGAAAGUUUCCAACAAUAGAGUGAACCAGCUCCAUCAAGGAUCAUUACGGAAUUUACCCCUCCUGCAGUAUCUGGAUCUGUCCAGCAACGAACUGGCAGUGCUUGAGCAUGGCUCCUUGAGAAAUUUACCGGAGCUGCAAGAGUUAGUUCUAGCAGAUAAUAAGCUGACCGAACUGAAAGAUCGAAUUUUCGAAGAUUUACCUAACUUACAGGCCGUCCACCUUCAGCAAAACAACCUACAGGUUAUUUCACCUUACACCUUUUACCGGUCACCCUCUAUUGUGUACCUGAACUUGUCGGCCAACCAAUUUCGUAGUUUGGAAAGCGUCGGACUACGCAGUAUUCGCAAUGUGGAAGUUCUUGACCUAUCCAGCAACUUUAUUCGAAAGAUCACACCCAAUCCCCUCCGAGGACUUGACUGGCUGGUCGAGCUAAAACUGGAUGACAAUAAGAUUUGCGGAAUUCAAGGAGAACCAUUUUCAUCGAUGCCCAGGUUGCGAGUUCUUAGCAUUCGGAACAACCGACUUUCACGGGUUCCGGAGCCCAUCUUCCGUAACUUGCGAAGCAACAUUGCGAUUCUGGAUGUCGAUGGUAAUCCUCUGGAUUGCAGCUGCGACAUGCUGUGGUAUCUGGCAUGGCUUCAAGAAACUCGUAAUCUUUACCCUGGCCCACGCUGUCGGGAUGGCAAGAUGCUAAUGGAUUCUCGACUGUCUAGAAACGAGUGCCAGACGGAUGCAAGGACUGCAGUGGCUCUCGAUGAACGUGUUCCACUAACCAACGAUCACGGUGAUGUGUUUAUACGAUCCGUAGAUUUUGACGAUUGUGAAAUGGAGAAUUACGAAGCAUUGCCGCCUGGGCCUGCACCGGGACUCGGUCCGGGAAGCAUUGUCGUUCCUGCCUCGCCGAUCGAUAGUGAGUACUUCGACCAGUAUAUUGAUUACCCCCAUACCCUUUUCAACGACAGCAAUACAGUGGAGCGGAUUAAUGGAUCUACCUUUUCAGGCGACUCGAUUAGCCGAUUUAACCAGAGCCAAAACUUUGCGGAUUUCAACAAUAACAAGUUCAACAAUUUGAACAACAUACCACCACAUGUGCAAAACAACUCGCCAUUCACAUUCUUCGGAGUACCGAUCCCUAGCUUGAAUAUUGGCAAAAUGUUUGGUGGUUCCGGACGGACUUCCAACAACCGAGCAGCUACGGGAACUCGCGGAAAGGGACGAGUACAAGUCUAUCACCCAGAAGAUUCUUCCAGCGGAUACAAUCCAAUGAACACCGAUAGACAAGAACCACCAACCAUUACAGUAACAACCCCAGACGACAAUCAGGAAAAAAAUCCCGGUGCAUCCAACGACAACAACCUAUUCUACAGGCCUUACUUCCAAACCCCCUUCCGAAAACCGAACAUGCUUAAGGGCGGCUUCAAUCCGAUAAUACCCGGUAGCGAGGGCGGAUUUACCCCGAUAACCGAUCCAACGGUAAAAAUCAUCAAACAAAACAUAUCAGGACCGGGGCGUUGGCCGGAAGAGUUCAGCGAGCGUGUUCCCUUGGUCACCGAAACGCCACGUCACUCUCAAAAAAAUCAACCUGAAGUAACUAGAAAGCCGUUCAAUCAAGGACCAUAUUCUGUAGAUGGUAUUAGUCAUGGAAAUCCGAUUCCCACCCCGCCGACUCUGCCGAAAGAGCCCGAGAAUAAGAAGGAAAGUACCAAUCGCUCGGACGUAACGGAAUCUCCCAGUUCCGCAGCCAGCGGAGGUGAGUCAACCAAUUCGGAGAUGGAAGAGGAUGAGGACGACGAUGAAGACGAAGAAACCGAAGAAGUAAGUGAACAAGAACAGGCUCCUCCAUUCCGAGGAGUUACCAAAUACAGCGAAAACGAUAUAACCACCCGUUUGUCAAUCGAGCUUGGAACAGCAACGACCGUCGGACCUCUCGGUUACAACAAACCCCAUACUGUGCGCGAGAACGAAAUCACUAUGACGCGGGCACUGACCCGAGCGCCGAUCAGCGAAUUCUACGACGGUGUCAAUCACUCGCCAAGUUCGAUAUCUGCAUUGAUCGCAUCGGGAGGUACCCAACAGAAUGGUGUAUCUUCUCCGAGCUCGGCAUCCACUAAACGUCCCCCGGGAAAAUCCACAAUUGUAAAGGUGGCAUCACCUCUUUCCUCUACGGUAACACCCUUCAUCGGAGGUACGACCCACGACGAUGAGCAAUACUCCUCUCCGGGAGUACGACGAAUCCAUCCGGGCGUGGACAAUGGAGAUUUUAUAACUCAAAACAUAAUCGAUCUUACACAUCAGGCACAGGAACCGGCAGGGGGGAACGAAAUCCGGAAACGAGAGGAUAUGGAUUGGUAUUACGCAACAUACAAUCGGACGCCCAUCUACGAGUAUUACGAACCAGGUUUGAAUCGAUACGAAAGCGGAGAAAGCCGAACCAUCGCUUCCCUCUGGCUAACAGCGGCUAUUGUAACGUCACUGGUGACGCGAAUAAUUUUACUGUAA